AUGUUGAGAUGCAUCCCGAGUUCUAUCCAGAGGGGGCGUGACCUGCGGGCUGUCGUCACCAACCAGUAUAAAAAGUGCAGCUGUGGCACGGAGCGGAUGCUGUGGGAAAGCACAGAGGACUUGCGAGCGCCCAUACGCACACACACCGCACCACAUUCUCUCUCCUUUUUCCUCCUACUCAGACACUUCCCAAACAAAGAGAAGCUCGCCAGGCGGAGGAACAGACCGCAUCUGUCCGAGCCACGGAAUCCUCGUGACCAGAACAACACACACUCACCCGGACCGGUUGGAACCGAGAAAAGAUCGAUCAUCAUGUGUAGUAACGGGGCCAGUAACGGGACCAGCGACAUGCUUCAGAUCCAGUUCGGUUUGAUCAACUGCGGGAAUAAAUACCUCACGGCUGAAACGUUCGGAUUUAAAAUCAACGCCUCGGCCACGAGCUUGAAGAAGAAGCAGAUUUGGACCCUGGAGCAGAGCGGGGAGGAGGCUGCCGGUAAUGUGUUCUGUCUCAAGUCGCACCUGGGUCGUUACAUAGCGGUGGAUAAAGACGGGAACGUUACCGGGGAUAGUGAGAGUUCUGGACCCGAGACCCGGUUCAUCAUCACGGCUCACGACGAUGGGAGAUGGUCUCUGCAGGUAGGAUAAGAGGAUGAAGGGGGUGAGAGUGAACGCAUGAGAGACUUGCCUAUGUAUUGUUACCCCUAUUCAUAGACGGUAACCGCUUUGGCGCCUAUUAACGAUAGUAUCUUCUGACCCGGGGGGUGUUAAAGAGUCCCGGACGCUUGCUCUAAACGUUAACGCGCAUCGCUUGGGGUACUGUUUUGGAAACAUAAGGAAUGUGUCUUUCAUAUCGGCAAUAAAUUAUUUUCAAAAAAACAAACGGUAGCCUACAUUUUCUAGUUCUACACACCUUUUUAUUUUUUUAUAGGGUUAAUGUUCCCACAAGGCCUUAUCUCCAUGCCACAGCGCAUGUUUAAGGAAGACUGACAGAAAACCUAGGCGGCACCCGUUGCCAAAACGCUUUGAACACCUUAGCCUAGAGAACCGAUGUUGAGUUGAAUUGCCUGAACAAAAAUAUAAACGCAACAUGCAACAAUUUUCAAAGAUUUUUUUUACAGUUUUAUAUAAGGAAAUCAGUCAAUUGAAAUAAAUCCAUUAGGCCCUAAUCUAUGGAUUUCAGUCACCUGACUGACUGCAGGGGCGCAGCCAUGGGUGGGCCUGGGAGGGGAGCCAGGCCCACCCACUGGGGAGCCAGGUCGCAGCCAAUCAGAAUACGUUUUUCUCCACAAACGGGCUUUAAUACAGACAGAAAUACUCCUUAGCAGCCCCCCCUCUCCCCUCUCAGACGAUACCGCAGGUAAAGAAGCCGGGUGUGGAGGUCCUGGGCUGGUGUGGUUACACGUGAUCUGCGGUUGUGAGGCCUGUUGGACGUACUGCCAAAUUCUCUAAAACAACGUUGGAUGCGGCUUAUGGUAGAUAAAUUAACAUUACAUUCUCUGGCAACAGCUCUGGUGGACAUUCCUGUAGUCAGCAUGCCAAUUGCACGCUCCCUCAAAACUUGAGACAUCUGUGGCAUUGUGUUGUGGGACAAAACUACACAUUUUAGAGUGGCCUUUUAUUGUCCCCAGCACGAGGUGCACCUGUGUAAUGAUCAUGCUGUUUAAUCAUCUUCUUGAUAUGCCACACCUGUCAGGUGGAUGGAUUAUCUUGGUCAAAGGAGAAAUGCUCACUAACAGGGGAUGUAAACACAUUUCUGCACAAAAUUUGAGCACAAUAAGCUUUUUUUGUGUGGAUGGAACAUUUCUGGGAUCUUUUUAUUUCAGCUCAUGAGACAUGGGACCAACACUUUUUUACAUGUUGCGUUUUGUAUUGUUGUGCAGUGUACAUCAUAGGGCAGAAAUGAGGCGUUUGGAUCAGGAACGUUUCCUCUCAUGACCUCUACAAGCCAGAACGCUGAAUAGAAUGAAAGCCAGUUGUCCAUGUGGUCGGUCCUUUUUGCAGGGAGGAAUGUGAGACAAAAUAUCCAUAGUGUCAUCAACCUGACCUUCAGUAUGCCGGUCUGUGUAUCGUUUUGUAUUUCUGCCUUUUUAUAUUCAAUACUGUUGCAAACACUUCCAGCUGAUUUGCGUUGUGUAACCGUGUUGCUUCCGUUCCCUCUCCUCGCCCCUUACCUGGGCUUGAACCAGGGACCGUCUUGCACACAUCGACAACAGUCACCCUCGAAGCACCCGUUACCCGUCGCUCCACAAAAAGCCGCGGCCCUCGCAGAGCAAAGGGGAAAAAACUACUUCCAAGGUCUCAGAGCGAGUGACGUCACCCCGAUUUUGAAAUGCUACUAGCGCGCACCGCUAACUAGCUAGCCAUUUCACACCGGUUACACGAGGAAACGUGCUUCGGUCGACUACAUUUGGCUAUUGUUUACAUGUGGUGCAUCACUUCCCUGUGGAUCCCCCUCCCUACCGCCAAAAGGACCAACAAACAUGUACAACCGGUAAAGUUUUUAAAAUAUGAUUUUAUUCAACAUUCUGCCUCGUAGAGACACUACAGACUUCUCCAGACUGGUAACAUGGAGUAACCAUGGUAACAGACUUCUCCAGACUGGUAACAUGGAGUAACCAUGGUAACAGACUUCUCCAGACUGGUAACAUGGAGUAACCAUGGUAACAGUCUUCUCCAGACUGGUAACAUGGAGUAACCAUGGUAACAGACUUCUCCAGACUGGUGACAUGGAGUAACCAUGGUAACAGACUUCUCCAGACUGGUAACAUGGAGUAACCAUGGUAACAGACUUCUCCAGACUGGUAACAUGGAGUAACCAUGGUAACAGACUUCUCCAGACUGGUAACAUGGAGUAACCAUGGUAACAGACUUCUCCAGACUGGUAACCAUGGAGUAACCAUGGUAACAGUCUGUUUUUAGUCUAACAUAACCUGUGUGGAAGCUAACUGGGUAGGAAGUGUAGUUGGUCAACUGGAGGUACCACAGCUUGCUGAUCUGUGAUAAACUGCUACAGUAAGAUUCUUUCUCACUGAUAUGAAAGAUAAGCAGCGGACUCACUCACCACCUUCCGGAGACAUUUCAAACCCCACCUCUUUAAGGAAUACCUGGGAUAGGAUAAAGUAAUCCUUUCCUACCCCAACCCCCCCCCCCACCCCCCCCCCUUUACUCCAAACCCCCCCCCCCCCCCCACCCCCCCAAAAAAAAAAAAAAAAAAAAAAAAAAACAUUGUAAAGUGGUUAUCCCACUGACUAUCAUAAGGUGAAUGCACCAAUUUGUAAGUCGCUCUGGAUAAGAGCGUCUGCUAAAUGACGUAAAUGUAAAAUGUAAUAAGGGACCUAUCAGCAUUUGUUUUGAAAAACCUGUUUAGAAAGCGAUUUUUCUAGAUUUUUGGAAACGUUAAAACACAGCGUUUGGAAUUGUAGUUCACGUGGCGCUAAAUGUUGGGCGACUGUAACGGCUGAAAACCCAAACAUAGGGAUUGAAUGUGCUUGUUUGUGUGUGUGAAGUGUAGUGUAGUGUCUAAUGUGUGGAGGUGUUUUGUCAGAAAGAGGAAAUAGACGAUGUAGUGUGUGAUUUUUUUUAUUUAUGGUUUUUUCUGCAGUCGAGGUCCACGGCAGUUUGGGAGGAAAGAGGACGGGAAAAAGCUGUUUGAAAAAGGGGAUGUUAGACUGAUGAUGAGUGAAGAAAAGUAUAACGUUCUUUUCUAAUGUUGUUAAAAAAAAGGGGCUAGGUGUGUCCCAUAAUUUUGUAAUGUGUUUGCUUUCUCUUUUCCCCUCUUCUUCCUCUCUUCUCUCUCUUCCUCUUCUUUCUUUCUUUUUCUCUCUCUCUCUCUUCUCUCUCUCCUUUCCCCCUCUCUCCCCCCCAGACUGCAUCAGUGGCUGAAAAAUGGAGCGUUCACAUUGCCAUGCACCCUCAGGUAACACACACCCUGCCCCCCCCCCCCCCCUCUCCUCCACCCCCCUCUAAAGCCUGACCCCCUAACCCCACCCACCCGGUGAACAUUUCGCGUGACCAGGAAGCGGGAGCCCACCUGUCCUUUAAGGUGGGGGGGCUCAAGACCCUGAAGUCCCUGGGGAGUAGACUCCCUCAUCACCCUGGUGUUCAGAGACCAACGCUACCACCUGCAGACGUCCGAUAACCGCUUCCUGAAGAACGACGGCAGCCUGGAGGCCGCGCCCGACAAGACCACCGGAUACACGCUGGAGUUCCGCUCCGGGAAGGUGGCGUUCAGGGAUUGUUUUGGGCCGCUACCUGGCGCCGUCGGGGCCGAGCGGGACCAUGAAGAGUGGGAAGAGCAGCCGCGUGGGGAAGGAUGA